UGCUUCUCAGGUGGCCUAGAGCUGCUCCUCCUACUAGUGGGCGCCGUGUUCGUCACGAAAUGCUCGAAAUCGAAAUCGUCCAUAUCCGGUGGUCUGAUUCUGUUGGCGAUUGCCUUUCUGGCUAGCACCACUGCAGUUUUAGGGGCGCCCGAUAAUCGUGGUAAGGAGUUUGUCAUUGGUUUUAUGGAAAACGAGAUCUAUCGAUCUAGCUACCAGUGUGAGCUCUUCAUCACCACCGCCAGCACGACAAAAGUUAGUGUAAAAGUAGACUCCCCAAAGUGUUCCAACCCUAAAAUCUCAGCUUCCUUCUCCAUAACAGCUGGUCAAGUUAAACAACUCUUCUUACAUAGCAAAAUAAGAAUGUACGGAUCAGCGAAAGGCAACAAAGGUAUCUUGGUCACCGCCUCCGACGAAAUCGUGGUUUAUGGCAUUAACAAAGAACCUUAUUCCAAUGAUGGUUUCGUGGGUCUUCCCACUGAUGUUUUGUCUGAUGAAUAUUAUGUCGUUUCGUGGUACCCUCCGUCCAUGCAAUGUCAGUUAAUGGUUGUUGGGGUGGAAGAUUCAACGAAAGUCACCGUCACUCUGGGUCAGUACAUGGGAAGUAAAUAUGUCACUUAUAAUAAAAAGAAUUAUAAAAAAGGCAAUUCUAUAUCAGAGAAUCUGAACAAAUACGACACGUGGCAGCUCGUCAGUACUGGCGACAUGAGUGGAAGUAAAGUCACGUCUAAUAAAAGGAUAUCCAUUUUCUCUGGAAACAAGAGAACAAAUAUAGGCAAAGGCACUUCUCGGGAUCAUUUGGUAGAGCACAUGACUCCUGUCAACACUUGGGGUAAAACUUUUGCAACUGUCCCAAUUCCGAAGAGAACCGUUGGGGAUUACUUUAAAUUCAUUGCCAGCGAGGCUAACACCAAAGUAAAAAUAUCAGGUGGUUAUUCGUCAUCAUUUACUAUAUCUAAGGCGGGAGGCGUGGUACAGAAGCUUAUCUCCUCCAAAGCCUACUGUAGGGUAGUUGCAGACAAGCCCAUCAUGCUUGUCCAAUUUGUCCAAUCCCAGCAGAGCUCCUCCGAAGAAUCUGACCCGGCCAUGAUGAUCAUUCCUCCAUGUGAACAGUAUGCUGCAGAUUAUACGUUUACUACGCCAAAAUAUUCCAAAGGGUCCUAUGAAAAUUACUUUAUGUUCAUUGUCGAGGAAAAGGAAAAGUCCGGUCUGAGAAUUAACGGCAAGGCGUUCUCCAGCAAUACCAAAUUUAAUCCAAUCUCGGGAACCACUCUUGUAGGAGGAUACAUCUCUAUACCUGAAGGGACUCACACAGUUCGUCACACGUCUCCUAUUGCUAUCUUUGGAGGGUUUUUAUACGGAAGGGCUAGUUAUGAAACGUAUGGGUUUACCACUGGUAUGAGAAUGGCCAAAGUAAAUGCUAUUUGUGUUCCAACGCCGACUGUGACGGGUGACGGUAUUGACAACGAUUGUGACGGCAAGAUUGAUGAGGAACUGUGUACUCCGGAAAACAAAAAUAAAGAUGAUGACGGCGAUGGAAAGGUUAAUGAAGACUGCGCUAAACCUCUACCAAUUGAUGGUAACUGGGCUAGUUGGACUUCCUACGGCGCAUGCUCGGUGACAUGUAAGCCAACAUCUCGCACGGCAACUGGAACUAAAACUCGAACCCGAACUUGUUCCAAUCCAGCCCCUGCAUAUGAUGGAAAACAGUGUGCUGGUUCAGGGACCCAAACUUCCUCUUGCUCGGCAACCAAUCCAUGCAAAGUACAGAGAUGUUACACAUGCUCAUAUGGAAAGAAAAAUAGUGACUGUACAAAGAUAGAAACUUGCAAGCAGGAUGAGGAGUCCUGUGAAACAAAAGUAAAACGAGAUAAAGCCGAAAUUAAGAUGACAUGUAGAAAGACCAAAGACUGCAAACCUAAGUGUGUUGGAAAUGACAAUGAAUGUACCAUGUGUUGCACCGGUGAUCUGUGUAACAAAGGUCAAGGAUAUGCCGAGUUCAAAACUUGGGGACAAUGGUCUUCAUGUAGUAAACAAUGUGGAGGAGGCAAGCGCAGCAGAAGCAGAGAAUGUUCCAAUACCGGCAACCGUCCAUGUUCUGGUGAUACCAAAGAGGAGCAAGAUUGCAACAAGAAUGCAUGUCAAACAAACGUUUGUGUCAAGGAUUGUAAAGGUGUGAAGAAUGGAGACUACCAAUCCUGUAGCACAUGUAACGGUUUCAUCAAAUGUUCUAACCACAGACUGUAUAAUUUCAAAUGCCCAGGAUCUACUGUCUGGGAUGACAAAGUUAAACGAUGUGAAUGGAAAUCAACUACUUGUAAUUCUCAACCAGCUUUAAUGAGAUGUUACACAUGCUCAUAUGGAAAGAAAAAUAGUGACUGUACAAAGAUAGAAACUUGCAAGCAGGACGAGGAUACUUGUGAAACGAAGAUACACAGAGAUAAGGCUGAAAUUCGUAAGAAGUGCGAAAAGGCCAAGGAUUGCAAGCCCAAAUGCGAUGCAAAAGACAAGGAAUGCACCAUGUGUUGCAAAGGAGAUCUGUGUAACAAAGAUCAAGGAUAUGCCGAGUUCAAAACUUGGGGACAAUGGUCUUCAUGUAGUAAACAAUGUGGAGGAGGCAAGCGCAGCAGAAGCAGAGAAUGUUCCAAUACCGGCAAUCUUCCAUGUUCUGGUGAUACCAAAGAGGAGCAAGAUUGCAACAAGCAAGCCUGUGCACCAAAAGUACAGAGAUGUUACACAUGCUCAUAUGGAAAGAAAAAUAGUGACUGUACAAAGAUAGAAACGUGCAAGCAGGAUGAGGAGUCCUGUGAAACAAAAGUAAAACGAGAUAAAGCCGAAAUUAAGAUGACAUGUAGAAAGACCAAAGACUGCAAACCUAAGUGUGUUGCACAUGAGAAGGAAUGUACCAUGUGUUGCACCGGUGAUCUGUGUAACAAAGGUCAAGGAUAUGCCGAGUUCAAAACUUGGGGACAAUGGUCUUCAUGUAGUAAACAAUGUGGAGGAGGCAAGCGCAGCAGAAGCAGAGGAGGCAAGCGCAGCAGACGCAGAGAAUGUUCCAAUACCGGCAACCGUCCAUGUUCUGGAUCUGAAUGUUUCACAUGCAGUAAUGCAAAUUCUAAUGAGGAGUGUAAUAAAAAAGGAGGAAAGAGGAAAUGUCACUCUGGACAAAAUACAUGCUUCACAAGAAUAGACAAAAGGACGAAAAAGAUAAUAAAGGCCUGUACAAAUGUAUGUAAACCAGUCUGUGAUGGCAGGGCCUGUACCUACUGCUGCAAUACCCCUGGCUGUAACAGUGAAUAUGGGACUUAUGGACAAUGGUCACCAUGGAAACAGGAAACCAUAAAGAACGUUGAUGUAUUGGUUCGGAGGCGGAAAUGCUCAAGUGAGAUGUGUUCUGGGAAGAAAGAGGAAACAAAGCCCUGUUCACCGACACUAUGUACAAGCCCAGCCCAUAGAUGUCAUGUGUGCAACAAGGCAAAAAGUAACGUGGAAUGUCUAAAAGUUGAAAAGUGCAAUAAGGAUGAGGAGUCAUGCGAAACCAAAGUAUAUAGGAGCAAAACUGAAAUAUCUAAGAAAUGCAAGAAAACAAAGGAUUGUAAUUCAAAGUGUGACCCCAAGGACGAUUCCUGUGUGACUUGUUGUACAGGGUCAUUGUGCAACAAGGACAGUGGUUAUGCCAAAUGGAGCACUUGGGGACCAUGGACCUCCUGCAAUAAGCAGUGCGGGGGUGGAGUUCAGAGGAGGAAGAGGGCGUGCUCUACUACCUCCAUGCCGUGUUCCGGUGACCAGGAAGACUCCAAGAAAUGUAACACACAACGGUGUUCUAAUGUGAUUCAGCCUGCAACCAUUCCUCCAAAUUCGUUGAAAUCUGGCUGUUACAUAUGCAGUCACGAAAAAUCAAGCGAUGCAUGUAAUGCGAAGGGAAUUCAGGCAUGCCCGAAGGGAAAAGAGUUUGUCAAAAUUGUUUGUUAUAUAGAAUUUGGCAAAUAUGGACAGUGGUCGUCGUGGAAAGAAAAGAAAACCAAAGGUGGCAAAGUAUUAGAGCGAAAACGAGACUGUACAACGACAGAAUGUUCUGGUGUCACUGUUGAGACAAAACCCUGCACACCGGCUUUGUGUUCUGGCUACACACAGCAAUGCAACGUCUGUAACAAAGCAAAGAAAAACAGCGAAUGUACGAAAAUAGAGACGUGCAAAAAGGACGAAGAUACUUGCGAAACUCGUGUAGAAAAGAACAAGGCCGAAAUAACAAAACGGUGUCGAAAGGAAAAGGACUGCAAACCAAAAUGUGAUCCUAAAGAUAGUUAUUGUGUUACCUGCUGCAAGGGAUCGCUGUGUAAUAAGGACGAAGCAUAUGGAAAAUACAGUCUCUGGAGCGUCUGGACAGCCUGCAGUAAGCGAUGUGGUGGUGGCAAACGAAGCAGGACCAGGAAGUGUUCCUCCACAAAACUGCCUUGUGAAGGACCAUCUACAGAGGAACAGGACUGCAACACUGCAUCUUGUGUGCAAUCAUCAGAAUGUCAGAAAUGUACAGGUGCGAAAAAUAAUGCUGAGUGUAACAAACAAAACAAAGAAAUUUGUUCAGCAUAUCAGUCCUGUGAGACAAAGAUUGAUCGUCGUACCAAAGCUUUGACGAAGAAAUGUACGCCGACGUCCUCUUGUAGAACCCUCUGUCAUGGCAACUCAGCCGUCUGCACGUUCUGUUGUCAAGGAGACAACUGUAAUGAAGUUUAUGGUGAAUGGGCACCUUGGAGUGCUUGGGCACUAAAGAAUGGAAAGAAAACUAGAAUUCGAUCUUGUAACACUAUUGAGUGUUCAGGGGACGGUACAGAGGAGCAAACAUGCACUGGUACAGCAUGCUCAGGCGUACAAAAAUUCCAGUGUAGAAGUUGUACAAACGCAAGAUCCGACGCAGAAUGUAACUUCGGAAGCUUUGUCACGUGCCCUGCUGAUCAACAAACAUGCCAAACCAAAGUUGUUCGUGGAUCUGGACUGAUAACAAAGGGAUGCGCAGCUCCGUCCUCCUGUACGCCUUCCUGCACAGCUGGAAGUCAGACCUGUACAUUCUGUUGUUCCGGAUCCCAGUGUAAUGAAAACUUUGGAUCCUGGGGAAUGUGGGGUUCGUGGUCUGUUACUGGACCCAAAGGAAGCCUGAUGACCCGAAAACGCACCUGUACAUCUAUAGAAUGUUCUGGAGAAACCGAGGAGACAGUCAAAUGCCAGGGACCCAUUUGUUCACAAUUUAGAUGUCAAGCCUGCAACAAUGCCAACUCAAACGAUGAAUGCAAUAAACAAGGCUUCCAGACCUGUUCCCAAGAUCAAGAUACCUGCGGAACUACGGUUGAGCGAGCAACAAAGCGCAUGUCCAAGGGCUGUAAAGCUAAAGGUGCAUGUACUCCAUGGUGUGACGCCGUAUCGUGCACCUUCUGUUGUAAAGGCGCUUACUGUAAUGACGUUUAUGGCGUCUGGCAGCUCUGGACAUCUUGGAAGGUGGUCCUAGAAAACAACGUAUAUAUCAGACAGCGAACACGUGACUGUGCUACGACAGAGUGUUCCGGAGACGGCAUAGAAAAAGAACCAUGCACAGGAACAAUGUGCACAAGCACUACAAAGCCUGCAGUAGACGGAGGGUUCACCGAUUGGUCAAGUUGGACAUCCUGUUCCAAAACCUGUGGAACGGGAAUUGCCGAGAGGUCAAGAACAUGUACCCAACCUGUCCCAGAAAAUGGCGGGAAAAACUGCACAGGAGGUUAUGCGGAAUCCAAAACUUGUAGCACACAACCAUGUGCAGUGGACGGGACAUGGGGAGUAUGGGGACCCUGGGCACCGUGUUCUAAGACCUGUGGUGGCGGGAAACAACACCGUGAGAGGAAGUGUGACGACCCCGCCCCCGCUCACGGUGGCAGCGACUGCUCAGGGGACUCUACACAGCUAGACGACUGCAAUACCAUUCUUUGUCCUUUGCCUUCAUCGGGUCAAUAUGUGCAAAAAUGUCCCCGGGGCUGGUUCACGUGCAAGAGUGGAGGCAUCACUUGUAUCGACGAAUCCUUUAAGUGCGACUGUUCUAACGACUGCGACGACGGCAGCGAUGAGGAAAUAGCGUAUGCGUCAUGUACCAUCUCACAAAUGCAGGGCUGUCAAAGUGGAACGGAUCAUGUGAAAAUAUCAUGGUGGGUUCUACUACUGACGCUCGCUGCUGUACUUGUGCUGCGUUAACAUGAAAACAAUAUUUCCAACGGAAAGGCAAAAACUGUUGUUAAAAAUCCUGAAUACUUUUUAUAAUGGCUAAAUUGUGAUACAUUUAUGACGUCUGAUUUUGAGCUCAGCACGUCUUGUUUUUUCGGAUUUUCUUGACAAGGCGGGCCGGGGAAGGGAUAUGGAUUUACGAAUUCUUAAUGAAAUCAUCAAAUUCCACUCGAAAUCGGUGUCAUAUUUGUUUAGCAAGUAUCAUUUAUUACACAGAAAUGAUAUCAAACUGUUGAAUUUUAGCCAACCAAUCAAAAGAGGUAUUUGAUUUCUUGAGUAUUUGAUAUACUUUGAACAUAUUUUAUCAUGUGCUAAACAUAUAUGCCAUAAGGCGACAGGAUUUUUAUAUAAAAAUAUAACAGUUAGACUUGUGAUGUCAUAAUGAAACACGAUUCGGAUAUCGCAAUGUAAUGUUACGCGAUUGCUUUGUCUUAAUGUAACAAUUAGGAAUGUUUUAAUUUAUAAUGAAACCGUUACAAUGUAUGUCGUUAUGCAAUAGUAGAAUGUUUUUUUAUCUAAUACUUCGUAUGUUUAUGUCAUAAUGUAACAGUUUAAUUUGCACACAGGACACAAGAUCUCGAACUGUGUAUCUCCUUGAUAUGUUACGUUGAUUUUGUUAAUUUUUAAAAUAAACUUUUGCAGCUUUC